UCCCUUUUGUUGACAUCCACCAAUGUCAGUUUCGUGUCAUUUAAAGACACAAAAACCCCCACUAAAACUGCUGUUUUAUUUCAUUUCAAAGCAGUUCUGACUCUUCCCUCUCUAUUUUGUUUGUCUCUUUACCAAUGCUGACCCUUUUCCAUCAAUUCACAACCUGCUAAAUAGACGCAACGCAAUGUGAUAACUGAGAAAAACUUUUCUUCUUCUCAACCCUUUUAAGAUCGAAAUCUGAAAUGUCUCAAAUUCCCUUCUCGUCAUGAUUUGGUUUUACUUGCAAGAAUACUUCUACCACCAUCAUCAUCAUUGUCAUCAUCUUCAUUAUUGCACCAGCACUUCUACUACUACUACUACUAUCUGUUCCAAUGAAGGAGUUAACUUCUGUUCUGACAACCUGCAAGAAACUACAUUUAAGGGACAGCUUGAUGCAUUGAAUCUGAAUAUAUGCUUCAGAAUGAAAAGUCUUCCUUCCUACCACUUGAUGAAAAUUGGGAGGUGAUAAAACCAUCAAAAGGCACCAUGAUUCUUCCAUCGUCACAGUUAUUUAAUACUAGAACCUAUGUUUUAAUGAUAUCAUUAUAUCUGUGACAAAGGUAGUAACAAAAAGAAAAAAAAAACAAUAGAGGGGUAAAAGGAAAGAAACUAAUAUUUAAAUUUUAUUUUUAUUUAUUUAAUUUUUGUUUUUAAUGUUUCAAUGCUAUCAUUUCAACUUUAUCAUCGGAUGAUUGUUUUGUCUGUGGUGUUUGUUCUCUUUAAUGAAAUGAACCUUUUUGAAAAGCCUAAAAGUCAUAACCCUAUUCUUAAUUGUUAGCAAAAGCAUAAAGAGGAGAAAGCAAGCUGAAGAAGAACAAAGGUUCUAACUUGAUGAAGCUGUAUUGAAAUUGUUGUUCUUCCUUUGUAAAUGAAAGAGAGAGAGAGGGUGAGAUGGUAUGAAGCUUGAAUGAUUUUCUCUAUGUUACUGGGAUUAAUACCCAGAUUUUACAAUAUACAUUUGAAUAUUGUUAAUAUUUGAGACAAGAGCAUUUGUCUGUUUACAUUGUGGUAGCUUGCUUUUAGUGAUGCUAAUGAUAUGAAAUACAAGCAUGCAAAUAUUUCAUUAUAGUAAUAAUAUUAACAACAAUAAUGAGAAGCACAUAUUAUUUUUAGAACAACUUCCAAAAAUCCUAUAAUUUCAAAAAGUCAUUUGAUAAACCUUUCCCCACCAUUUUCACUUAUCUACAUACAGGCACAUGCCCAAAACCAAACCCGUUUUUAAAUGAAAUUUAAAGCUCACUUGACACAUUCGGUUCAGGUGACACUUUCUGGUAUCAACAUUGGUUUAACCAAAUUCAAAGUAAAACAUCAUUUUAAGUGAUUAUGUAAUAUAUAGUUGACCUCUUAGUCUGUCAAAUACACCAUAAUGUCAGAGUUGGUACCAAUAAAAUCCUUUCGCUGUGAAACAUGUGGCUCUACAUUUGCUACUGAAUAUCUUAUGAAAAGACAUGCUACAAUCCAUUCUGACAAAAAACCAUUUCAAUGUGACCUCUGCCCUCUUUCCUUCUCCCAAAACAGUGACCUUGUGAAGCACCGACGUGUCCACACAGGUGAGAAACCCUUUAAAUGUGACGUUUGUCCAGCUGCAUUUUCACGCAACACCUCACUCAAGCAGCACAAAAUGAACCACUCUGGUGACAAACCCUUCCCAUGCCCUGUGAUGUCUUGUACAUCAGCCUUUUCCACUCAACGCCUACUCCAAAGACAUGCUAUGAUUCACUCGGGCAUCAGGCCACACCAAUGUGACCUGUGUCCUGCUGCCUUUAUUCAGCGUAGUGACCUCUCAAAACACCGCAAGACACACACUGGAGAAAAAGACUUCUUGUGUGACCUCUGCUCUGCAGCUUUCUCCCGCCGCAGCUCACUCAAACAGCACCGCAUGUGCCACACUGGGGAAAAGCCAUAUGUCUGCCAAUUCUGUGGUUCUGGCUUCACCACACACAGCCUUCUCAAUCGGCACAGACUUCUCCAUGCUGGAGUCAAACCAUAUUCCUGUGAUUUGUGCGAUGCCGCUUUUGCACAAAACAGUGACCUUGUUAAACACGGUCGAGUCCACACUGGUGAAAGACCGUUCAAGUGUACAAGCUGUCCGGCUGCUUUUUCUCGCAGACAUUCCUUAAAGCAACACCAUGCAAUUCAUAAUGGCGAGAAACCACUCAAGUGUGAAGACUGCGGCGUAGCUUUCACAACACAGAGCCUGCUAAAGCGCCAUCGCAAAAUUCAUCUGGGAAUCAAACCAUUCAAAUGCCCUCUGUGCCCUGCAGCAUUUAUACAACGAAGUGACCUGAAGAAGCACAACCAAGUACAUACUGGCAUCAAAGCUUUCCAUUGCUCUGAAUGUGGGUCAUCAUUCUCCCGGAGCAGCUCUCUAAAGGAGCACAUUACAAUUCACACUGGGAUUCGACCAUUCAAAUGCCAAGUGUGUAAUGGAGCGUUCGCAACACAGAGUCUCCUUAAAAGACAUUUUAAGAUCCACACAAAUCCGUGCCGAUCCAGCAAUCCCACCAAUAUCUGUUGUGAUGCUUUAAUAACCAAUAGUGUCCUCCAAAGUGUUGGAGCACCACCAGGCCAGAUAUAAGAAAGAAAAAAAACAUACAGCUGAGUGAAGGUUCAAUUGCUGGUGAUAUGCUUACUGUAUGUGUGAUAGAUAUACUUCAAAUUCUACAUACCAGUGUAGAUCCUCUUGGCUGUGUUAUCCAGCUGUUCCUGAAGUUUGUAAGCCAUAGUUUGAGCCAAAGCUUCUGUAUUUUCCUACUGGAGGGGAUAGCAAAACACUUUUGAAAUCUGUCCUUAUAUCUAUGUACAGUUUGCUGUCCCCUAAAGAUCUACAACAAAACAGUAUGGAUCUAUGCCAUUGUGUAUUUGCAUCAUGUUUCUCUGGUCCUUGAAACAGAACCAUUGUCCAGGGACAGAUUUAGCAGUGGGGGGUCGGGUGUUCUCAUUCACCCAUCAACAGCAGAUCUUUGUAUGUUGUACAGAAAAACAAUACUUUCAAAAGUUUAAAAUAUCUUAAAUGGAGUACAGCAAGGACCCGUCCUUUCAAUGACUUGACGAAGCACACCACACGGCAGACUCCUGUGCAGUCGAUGACACACUCACACCUUCUCCUCAACGUUCUCCAGGCUUAGCUGUACAACUUCAACCUCUGCAUCAUUCAUCUUGAAACUUGGUUCUAAAUCAACAUACUUGAAGGAGCACCUAUGAAGUCACCUGCCUCCACCUGCAGACAGAGUAUCAAAUACCACCAACCAUCACAUUCACACACACACACACACAUUCUCUCUCUCUCUCUCUCUCUCUCUCUCUCUCUCUCUCUCUCUCUCUCUCUCCCCCACACACACUGAAGCAAGAUGCCAGGGGUUGCAUGCAACACCUUUAUGAUAUUCAUCACACACCCAUACAGAAGACAUGGUGAAGAAAGCAAAAUGAUCUACUGUCAUACUUAAGAGUGCUCUACACUGCUACAUUCAAUCAAAACAAAGCUGCAACAACAACAACAACAACAACAAAACUGGUCUACAAAGAAUAUAUUAGAUUCAUCAGAUAUUAUUGCAACCUUGACUCAGCUUCUAAACUAGCUACAAAGAACACAAAACUGAACUUUGCACCAUCACAAGUUGCAUGCAAAUAUCACUUAUAUAAAGAUACAAUAUCAAAAAUGAGACACAAAUGGAUGGAUGUGUGAAAUCACCCCCAAAAUAACUUGAUACAUCUACAACACCAUCCUAAAACAACCAGAUACAUCUAAAUACCACCCCCAAAAGCCAGGUACAUCUACAAUGCCAUCCUAAAACUUUGUUGCUUCCAUAGACAAACUUGUAAACCAAAAACACAUGCACAAAAUAUAGCUGCUACCAUCAGUGAUGUCAUCAGCCUUUAAAUACAAUGUUGGGAUCCACACCGUCUAUGUGAAGAGUAGAGGAACAGCAAGUGUCCACCUGUCUACCAUUGGGAACUUAUUCUUAGCUAAAUCUUCCUCACAUCACACCUUACUACCUGAGAAAAGGACAUGUUAGAUAAUGUGGUACUGGAUUUUUUGCAUGUUGGAAAGUAGAGGUGAUGGGCAUAACUGGAAUGUUUUUAGUCCUCAUAGGUUUGCUCAAUGAAGGCAGAGCUAGACCUAACAACAACAACAACAACAGCUGCUCAAAAAUAUACGAGGCAAGUGGAAGGGAAGUGACUGCAACAUGUGCAGUCACUCACACUCAAUCUCUUCAUAUCAGAGUUGAGAGGGGGAGGGGGCAUGGUGAUUGAUUGAAAAACAACAGAUGUAUGACUCAUAGCUUUGUCAUUAAAUCCAAUGCCUGUACAUCAUAGUGUUCAUUGGAGCUUCCUUAGGGGCUUCACAACAAGGAUGAAUAUAACAACAGCUACAAAGAUCUGUUAGUGAUCAAACAGUAAAUAAGUUUUGAGCUUAGCACUCGCUUUCGUUUCUCCAGUAUCAAAUUAAAAGAAAAAAACACAUCACAGGACAUGGUUCCGGGUGUAAUUUACAUACAAAACAACACUGAUAACUUACUAACACCACGCUCUCUUCAUGCUCCACCACUCCACACACAACCUGCAUACUAUUAUUUGUCUUCUGUGACAAAACUUCAAAUGAGUGCAGCAGGUUAUUUUCUUUUCAGUUCAACUGAACAGUUUAACUAAAUUCAUAUUCCAACUCAUAAUGUUUAAUGCUUGUCAAUAUGUGGCUUAAUUUUUUUUACUUUACUUUCUCAAACUCAGCAACAGUGGACAUACAUCUCUUCUGUGGACAAUUGGUGCAUCAUUUCGUCUAUCUCUUUGGCUUUUGGUGAAUCCUGUAUGCGUGUUUAUAUAUACAUAUAUAUACACAUAAACAAAUAUAUGUGUAUAUAUAUAUAUAUAAAUAUAUAUGUAUGUAUACAUACAUAUAAAUAUAUGCGUAU